AUGUAUGGUAUUCCAAUCCCGGGUGAAGAAGGUGCCGAGACUGGUACAGUUUUAGGGGAGGAUGUUUCCAAUGGCAGCAACGAGGCAAAACCCGGUGGCGGUGACGAAAUCGAAGACCUUGUUCAGAGGGAGAUCGCUUCGUUGAGGACUCCGUCCAGGAACAAAAGUCACUACUUUACUCAGAUUCGCCUCAAUGUCGAAUGCCUUCUAUUCUCGAAAACGGUACCACCCAUUGACCCGGUUGCCAUGGCCCACCAGAUCAGCGUCGACAUGAAGCGUGACGCAGAAAUAGCCGCGGUGGCCACGGACGAGGCAAUUGAGAAGGGGAGAGCUGUGCCAAUGACGCGCUCGUUCCGUUAUCUGAACCGGUUAACGCCAAUCACAGCCAGCGGACGGGCCACCGAGAAAGGCGUCCGGCAUGUUGCACUCGAGGUUCUGUGGCCAUGGUUUAAGCUGUCACUACAACCAGCGAAUUCCCUAGGCGAGAAAGACGAUGACGACAGCACUUCUCCCAUCUAUGCGGCCCUCAAGAAAAUGCAAGGCACGGCCGAGAACAAGCCCGAUUACACAUUUGCUAUACGUCCGUCUUUCCGACACCACCACGAACUCGAGCGCCGCAGUGUGAUUGAUCUUGUUGCAGCAUUGAUUGACCAAAACCACCACAAAGUCGACCUGGUGAAUCCGGAUAAGAUCAUAUUGAUUGAAAUAUUUCGGUAUACCUGCGGUAUGAGUGUUGUUGACGGGGACUGGAAUAGCCUUCGGAAAUACAACCUCUCAGAACUUAGCAACCUCCAGCUCAAGAAUAAAGAGCCGCAGGACCUGGCCAAGGUGACUGGGACGAUUACCACGACCAGGGAGGGCGGGGAUACAGUGACUAUUGGUCCGACAGAGGGCGAGAAAUGA